ACCUCGAAGAACUACCAGACCAAAAAUAGAACAGGUACUUCACAGACUGUACCUAGAUGAAGAUGGUGCAACACCCUGCACACAUCCGAUCUCUGUCUGUUUUGUGUUGAGAUCGGAGGUGUCAGAGACCGGACGGGAGGAGACGUUCUAUAGUCCUACGUGCCUCGUCGACGGAAGACCAGCUCCGACCACGUGACAGCUGUUUCUCGCCGAGCGGAUCUCAUCCGAACAUCUUCCGGCCGGAGUCCGUGCUUCAAGGAGCUUCAAUGCAAGCCAGCAAAAAGCUGUCGUACAAGCCUCCAUUACCACAGCACACUCUUUCCCACUCAUUGACCGCUUCCACCCCAUCCAAACCACCAAGAUGGGCUGGUACGACUACCUCUCCGACCUCACCUCCUCUCUCACCCUCGUCGGCACCGCCCACGCCGACGCUAGCACCACCCCGGGAGGACACGAAGGCCCCAGCAACCCUACGGGUGAGGACUCCGAUGCCAAAGACACGAGCGAUGGCGGGAUGGGAACCGCGCAGCACCGUGGCGCCACGACGCAGGGUGGCGCGAGUCUGAGCUCGCCGGCGGCGGGGACGGAUGAGGAAAGCGGCAGUGAGAAGGAGGCGAAUGAGGCUGAUGCGGAGAAGCAGCAGGCGAAGCAGGGAGAGAGUGCUCCGGGCCAUAAGCCGGGGGAUGGUGGCGACGCGAGUGGACAGGUUGGGGCAAAGAGUAGUGGGCCGCAUGGGGGUCCUACUAAGGCAGCGGACGACGAUGAGGAGGAGGAGGCGGAUGAGGAUGAGGAGGAAGAGGAGGAUGAGCCCGUGGAUCCGAAGGUUAAGCUUGAGGAGGACUGCAUGCGAUCGCAGAAGUGUGCGCCGCUCAAGCACCACUACGAUGAGUGCGCGGAGCGUGUCACCGAGCAACACGAGCAGCACGGCAAGGCCCACGAGGACUGCGUUGAGGAGUUCUUCCAUCUCAUGCACUGCGCCAGCCAAUGCGCCGCUCCGAAACUGUUCAAGCAACUGAAGUAGAUCGCCGCACGAGCCUCGCAACUGAACGACCAACGCAUGCAGCAGACAGUCAUAUGAACCAUGGCUGCAUGCUGCUGCGCCAAAGGCUCGAAUGUCAAACCCACCUCAUCCGCCUGUAU